AUGAAUUCUUCAUUGCCAAAAAAUACAAAUACUCGUAUUCAGUCUUAUAAACAUCACGGUAAAGAUCCCGAUGAACUUCGACGUCGACGAAAUCAAUAUAAUGUUUCAUUACGAAAAAAUAAACGUGAUGAACAAAUUCAAUUCAAACGUAAUUUAAUUGUCGAUGAUAGUAUGUCAGAUAAUGAUGAUGAUGAUGAUAAUAAUCAUGAACAACGUCGAAAUUUAAAUUUAAAUGAAAUUAUGACAAAAUCUCAAAAUACAGAUCUAACAAUAUGUUUUGAAGGUAUACGUUCAGCAAGAAAACUUUUAUCUAUUGAUCGUAAUCCUCCAAUUGAUGAUUUAAUACAUUUAAAUUUUCUUCCAAUACUUGUCAAAUGUUUAACAUAUGAUCAAUAUCCUGAAUUACAAUUUGAAGCGGCAUGGGCAUUAACAAAUAUUGCAUCGGGAAAUUCACAACAAACACAAGCAGUUGCUGAUGCAAAUGCUUUACCAUAUUUAUUACGUUUAUUACAUUCAACACAUUCAAAUGUUUGUGAACAAGCUGUUUGGGCAUUAGGAAAUCUUAUUGGUGAUGGUCCAAGAUUACGUGAUUAUGCAAUUGAAUUAGGUGUUAUUCAACCAUUGAUUGAAUUUAUUCAAAAAGAUAUACCUGUUACUUUUCUUCGAAAUGUAACAUGGGUUAUUGUUAAUCUUUGUCGUCAUAAAGAACCACCAUUAUCACUAACUGCUGUACAAGAUAUUUUACCGGCUUUGAAAUAUCUUCUAUCCUAUGUUGAUGUGACUAUUCUUGUUGAUUGUACAUGGGCAUUAGCAUAUCUUCUCGAUAGUGGAAAUAACAUAAUUCAACUUGUUGUUGAAGCUGGUUUAAUACCAUAUAUUGUUAAAUUAUUAAAUCAUAAUGAAAUUAAAAUAGUCACAGCUGCAUUGAGAGCUGUUGGAAAUGUAGUUACGGGUACGGAUGAACAAACUCAACUUGUACUUAAUCAUGGAGCUUUAAAUCAUUUUUCAAAAUUACUAAAACAUGAAAAAGAUAAACUUAAUAAAGAAGCUGUUUGGUUUUUAUCGAACAUAACUGCUGGUAAUCAACAACAAGUUCAAGCAGUUAUUGAUGCUCAACUUAUACCAGAUGUAAUUCAUCAUUUGCAAUAUAGUGAAAUUCAAACACAAAAAGAAGCAGCUUGGUGUAUAUCGAAUUUAACAAUGAGUGGUUCUCCUCAACAAAUUCAAUAUGUUGUUAAUCAACGUGUUAUUCCUCCUCUCUGUAAUCUAUUACAACAACAAGAUCCUCAAAUUUUACAAGUUUGUCUUGAUGCAAUACAUAAUAUUCUUAAACAAACACCAGAAGAUAGUCUCGAAACUAUUGUAGUGGAAAUUGAAGAAUGUGGAGGUCUUGAUAAAAUUGAACAUCUUCAAACACAUACAAAUAGAGAAAUCUAUCAACAAUCCUAUGAAAUUAUUGAAAAAUAUUUUUCAACAGAAAAUGACGAUGAUGAUGAUAUAUCAUCUGUGAGUCAAGUUCCACGUAAUGAUGAAUUUCCAUUCGGUAAUAACAGUACUAAUCAAACUGUACCUGAAACUAAUCUCCAUUUUCAAUUCUAA